UAGCAAUGCUACCAUAAAUCCAGGAUAGUUUGACCAACCCUGCUGCCAUCCUAGAACGUUAGCGUACAAGAGGGGCAUUUCUCAAUUGAGUUAGUCACACAUGGAAUCUCAGAUGUGGAAGUUUGAUUCCGAUUUAUUUGGCGUUUAGUUGGCUGCACUCUAGGUCUCACCUAAGAUCCUUAGUCUAUCCGAGGCUAUCGUUAACUGGGGCACGAUAGAACCGAUGGUCAGUACCUCUUUACUAGGGAAGGGGUUCUCGGGAGAUAGCUCUGGUUCGUGCGCAUUAGAAGUAGACAUGAGUGGUUGUCUUAGCGCGCAUCGAAGCGACAUGCGUGAAAGAGCUUGCCUCAGUGCUCUCUCUAGUCAGAAAUAGCGUAAGUUAAUCAGGAUGGAUCGACAGGCUUUCCAAACCUACUGGUCUCUUCCGCAUUGCUGCCUGGCCCAUCACCUUGAUAUGAUGCACACUCGGUAAGGUCUUACCAUUCCCCCUUAUCCAUAUUCUGGGAACCUCGGACGAUAGCUUUCCCCCGGAUCGGACGUCAGCCAAGGCCUUCUACCGCAGCGGACCCACAGGCCAAUGCCAAUCUCUCAGGGCAGGUUCUCUUUCAUCCGUCUUUCCUAGGUGCGCAUCUCCAUCUACUUUUAGUAGGGGUGGUUGCCAUAGAUAGAUUGGGGUCAUUCGUAACCAGAGCUAUAACCGAUGCUACAGCAUAAACUACAGCUAUACGUGGCGGCCCCACACGCUGCUUUCUUUAACAAGCAUCGCCCUUCCUUUCUUUUCCCAAUUUACCUACUCCAAACACGAAGAAUGUUAAGCCCUACCAAUCCGCCUACAUCACCACUUUUGAAGGAGGAUCGGGAACCGGCUAAGGCACCGUAGCGUCCCCUAAAGGCGUAACUGACAGGUUCUGUUCUAUCUGCCCAUCCGAGUCAUCCCGUACUCCAAAAAAGCAGAGGUGAGGUCCGGAGAGUGGGACGGGUCUACCUGGCCAAGGUGCCAAUGUAAAGUGGUUCUCCGAUGAAAUAUGGCUCGUGCUUUCCGGGAAGGCAGGUCCGGUCAGUCCUUUUCCAAUUAGCAUCUCGCCUGAUCUCUGCUGAGUGAAUAGCAGCAAGUGCUAGUUCAAGUCAGUAAUCAUUUGAUGCGCGGGAUCUUUACUGUGACGAGUAAGAAAAGAUGAAGUACUACUGAUAUCAGAGCUUUAGAAAAAGUGAUUCAAAUCAGUGAACUGUACUCGUCCAAGCCAGCGGGUAAGGUGAACCAGACCGGGCAGGUGAACGAACAAGGAAAGUGGAGGAUUCGGAUAGACGAGCCAAGGUGAAAACUCUAUCUGUCUAAAAGAGAGAUGGGGAAGGUGUUCAGUCAGUAAGGAAAGCUACUCUUUUUUACCAGGAAAGCCAGGUGUGGCGAUCCGAUCCCAGUUGAUUGAUCUCGACUUUACCAGCUCAUGAACGCCAUUCGUCAGACUUGAGCAGUAGGUUUCGACUCGGUCAGCUGUCUUGAUGAAGAUUGACUUCAGCCAAAGAGAAUGAAUUGACUUCGGGUUCGCACCCGAUCAACGAAAAUCCAUCCUGAAAUAACAUAGAUAAUAAUCUAAAUCGUUCAGUACGAAAAUCUUGACAGUUUCCAUUUUCGAUUUGAGAAAGCGCCCUUGAGGUGUAGUACCCAAAGAGCUCUACAGUAGUGCCUUGCGAGGUCGUAGAGCCGGUAACCCUCGUUCGCCUAAGAUCGAAAAUGCUCUGUCUUUGAUUGAGACUGAAGACUCUGUAACGCUAGCCUUAUGCUUAACACAUGCAAAUCGAACGUUCUCGGUCAAUUCGAAAAGUAAGUUGGGUUAAAUUCCCAAAAAGUCCCUAGGAUCCAAAAUUUGGAGAGUUUGCUUCUACACGGAAACGAAGACUUUCAAGAACAAAUAUUAAAGCGGGAAGAAAAAAAAGGGAAAAAAUCAAGUCUAAGCGCAUAUGGCACGCAAAGGAAAUCCGAUUUCGGUAAGACUCGAUCUGAAUCGUAGUUCAGAUUCAAGUCGGUUCAGUGAGGGCGACCGCGAAAGUCACCGAAUGGGUCAGUCUUUUCCUUCAGUUUGUCCUAUAUUAAAAAAAAAGCGUGGGAGGACGUUGCAGAUGUCCGGGACGGACACGACUUCUUCUAACGCUAGAAGACCACUGGAAGACACCCGGAACCAGAGCAUGUCGUGAAAGAAGCAAGCACACUGGGCGGGCGUGCUUCGACCGUGUCUCCGGGGCACAGUUGAAUGUAGAUAUCAUGAACGCGAGGUGCUGGAUACCUGGCCGAGAAACCCGGGCAACCACUCCCCUAUGUGCCGAUCGCUAGCGCAUCCAGGGCCCCGGCGCCCAGCUCCGCUGGAGAGGCCUAGCCUGAUCUGAGAAGUGCUAAUUCGGUUCGUAUAGACUGAAUUUAAGAACGCCGCCGCCCCUAGAAUCAAUAAGAAAACAAGUGCUAAGUUUCAGAUCAGUGAAUAAACCGAAACGAAAGAAGAAAGAGACGUUUCUCGCUCGGCGCCUAAAGCGCACUAUGCUCCGCUUCAACAAAUGAGAGUUUUCGGUGGAACCGGUGAACCACGCGAGCUGGUUAGAUGCGUGGGACAGAGGGCUCGUAGUACCUGCUAGCGCAGCUAUGCAGUGGAAGGGAAGGAGCCUAAAUCUACCCCCUUCUUUCUUUUUUUUUCUUAUUUCUUUCUCCCACGUAGUUCGUCGGUCAAACCAACGAUUCUCUUCUCAAAGUAAUAGAGAGAUUCUAGUUAGACUUCUACUUCUAUCAAUGCAAUGAAAGAACCAUCCCUUCCGUCCUGUCAGAUAGAAAGAUAAUUAGACCCAAAAUACUUCUUUACCACUUUUGGGGGUGAAGGGGAGGUUGACAUACAACCGAGUAUAAGUGGUUUAUGAUUGAAUCUCUUAUUACCUUUUUGGAUCAAUAUAUUGGGAAAAACCUAUCAGUGGGUUACUUUUUCAUUUUUUUGUUUUGUCUUUUUUUCGGAAUUUGGCUUUUAGGACUUGCUCUAAAUCAUAAAUUAGCCCAACAAGUCCUAAAAUUCAAUUCCGAAUUGGGUCCCCAAAAGGGCUUCAUAUAUGGGUUUGAGUUUGGAUGGCGUGGCUCGAGGCUAAUCCCUAUUCUUUUGCCUGAAAAAAAAAAGGAGUACAAAGAGAUUAGACUCCCGGAUGAGACUAAGCAGCCACCGACCGUUCCGACGCGCCCCUGACCUAUUUUUAUUAAGACCGAAAACCUAUCAAAAAUGGAAAAUCAGGUGAUUCUAUUUGAAACUGUGGAUCAGUUAUGUCGAGCCAUUAGCGAGCAAGAAAAGCAUUUCAGUACGGACGGGUUAAUAAAUCCCGUCAUGCAUAUUCCUAAUGCGGGUGGAAACCCGCCAGUGCAACCCGGAAGCGGGAGCACACCUGUUACGCUUUCGCAAUUUGCUUCGAUUAAAAUAAAAUGACCCAAGCAGUUUCGAAAUGCCUCGAGAAGUUAAUGACUAACCAAAAUUUGCCCUUACCUGAGAAUUGGACAUAUACUCAAUUAGCAACGGAGAUUAUUGGGGAGCCGACAACGGACCUUGGUAACAUAAUUAAGAUCUUAAAAGAGCUAACGCUCUAUGGCCCUGCGAGUGAUCAGUUUCAUCAAGUCUUGAAUAUUCUACAUCCAUUUUCUGUAGCCGAUCCCAUAUUGACGGGACUCUUUUUGUAGUAAUGAAAGGAGAUGGCUGGUUGUUCCGUUAUGUGCAUGCUAAUGGGGCAAGUAUGUUUCUCAUUGUGGUUCACCUUCAUAUUUUUCGUGGUCUAUAUCAUGCGAGUUAUAGCAGUCCUAGGGAAUUUGUUUGGUGUCUCGGAGUUGUAAUCUUCCUAUUAAUGAUUGUGACUUGUUUUCACUUGGAUGAGAUCGGUCGAGUGGUGUCCGUUGGAGAUGGUAUUGCACGUGUUUAUGGAUUGAACGAGAUUCAAGCUGGAGACGUAUCGGCCUAUAUUCCCACCAAUGUAAUAUAAACUUUUGGGGAUAUGGAUGGAGUCUCGCUCAGUAAAGAGAGUUGUAGAUUCGUAGAAAAGGAGAGGAGCCUUUCCUUUCAAAUGACAACUGCCUCUUCCUGCUGCGAAGGCCUUGCACGAAACCAACCCCCCCACCCCCGAUCAAGUACCAGUUGUUUCGCUGGUAGGCCCACUUAGGUUAGGGGGGCAUUGUCCCUCAGUUCUUACCAACCUCCGGUGUGUAAUCGACAUGUUGCUAACUUCAACUCGGUUGAAUAAGAAUCAUUGAUUCCCUUUGCUGUCCAUUUCUUAUUCAUUCAGGGCGCUCGGCCGGUGCUCCUUUUUCAAACCAGAACUACUCUGAACAUUAGGGAAGAUAAGGGAAGACCACCUGAGCGAACCGACCGAGGGGACUUGACUUAUUCGAACCGAACGAUAGCGGCUUAAAGCUAAGCCUAGCACGAGCAGCGUCGCUGCUUGAUCGGCGGGGACGGGGAGAAGCAUCUCAAAGUAUGGAGCAAAAGAUCAAGCGCUUUGACUUUGUCUCCCGGGAUUCAUCACAGGUUGGGUUUGAGAGCCGUGUGAUGGGUGACUAUCCAGCACGGUUCGGAGAGCACUUUUUGUCUGCGUUGGUGAAUGGAAGCCCCUCUAUCAAGCAAGAAAGAAGCGGCUAUUCCCACGGCGGAGUCACCAUUGACUCUAUUUAUUAUUAUGCUAAAUUAGUGUAUCAAGAUGUCAAUCUGAGAUCUUAUUUCGGUUCGAUACGUCCACCUACGAGACUAACCUUUGGCUUUCGUCUCGGUAGGUGUAUUAUUCUACAUUUUCCCAAAAGAACAUUCAUUCAUUUCUUUCUUCCCCGUCGACCACGACGACUGAAACGACGCGAAAAAUCCAGACCCGGAAAGGAGAAGGGCCGGUGGUGGGCAUUUGGGAAAGUCGGGCCGAUCGGGUGUCUUCAUUCAAGCGACAAUACAGAAGAAGAACGAAACGAAGUAAGAGGCCGGAGGGCUGGGAAAAGAGUCGAGUCGAUCAGGCUCGACGACCGGGAGAAGCAAAACGAAAGACGGAUUUGGCCGAAAAAGAAGCAACGCUAUGGAUACCAUGACCGAUCACCAUCGAUAAAGAAGAAUCUUUCUAAAUCACUUCGGGUAAGCGGGGCCUUCAAGCAUCCGAAAUACGCCGGGGUUGUAAAUGACAUAGCGUUCCUGUCCUUCAGAAAAACGAAAUUAUUCAAGUUAUUUUUCCCCAAGAAGUCCCGCUCCGACGGCCCGACGAGUCAUCUAUUUAAAAGGACCUUCCCUGCAGUGCGCCCCUCCUUGAAUUAUUCGGUCAUGCAAUACUUAUUGAAUACAAAGAACCAAAUUCAUUUCGACCCCGUCGUAGUUCUCAAUCAUUUCGUGGCACCGGGCGUGGCUGAACCAUCUACGAUGGGGGGAGCGAAUGCGCAGGGAAGAAGCUUAGAUAAGAGAAUACGUUCUCGCAUCGCUUUUUUUGUGGAAAGCUCGACCAGCGAGAAAAAGUGUUUGGCCGAAGCCAAAAAGAGGUUGACCCACUUCAUUCGCUUGGCGAAUGAUCUUCGCUUCGCGGGAACAACAAAAACCAAAACCACCAUCUCGCUCUUUCCUUUCUUCGGUGCUACCUUUUUCUUUCCAAGGGAUAGAGUUGGGAUGUAUAAUAACCUUUUUUUUGAGGAUGCCCGGGAAAAACUCCUAGGUCAAUUAAGGAUCAAAUGUUGGAAACUCAUGGUUAAGGAUAAGGUAAUUGAAUUUAUAGAAAAAUUCAUAGACCUAGGUAGGAUAGGAGAAUUGAUAAAGGGAAUAGAGAUGAUGAUAGAGAUCAUACUGAGAAACAGAAGAAUUCCGUACGGGUACAACUCUUAUUUGAACGAAGUGAAAAAAAUGCGAUCUUUGUUGUCUAAUAGAACAAACACUAAUACCUUAAUUGAGUCGGUCAAGAUCAAAUCUGUUUAUCAAAGUGCUUCUCCGAUUGCUCAAGACAUCUCUUUUCAACUGAGAAAGAAAACAAGAUCAUUUCGUUCCAUUUUUCGUAAAAUAGUGAAGGAUAUUCCAUUAGUAAUGAAAAAAGGGGUGGGGAUCCGUAUAUGUUGUUCAGGUCGAUCAAAAGGCGCAGAAAUAGCUAGAACUGAAUGCGGAAAGUAUGGAAAAACAUCUCGUAAUGUAUUUAACCAGAAAAUCGAUUAUGCUUCUGCGGAAGUAUCUACUCGUUACGGAAUCUCAGGCAGAUGUCGUAGGGGUUGCAAACCAGACGGUACACAACUUGGUUUUGGAAGAUAUGGCACUAAAAGUUGUAGAGCUGGUCGUCUUUCAUAUCGAGCCAUUGAAGCAGCGCGUCGGGCUACAAUCGGACAAUUCCAUCGUGCUAUGAGCGGACAAUUCCGAAAAAAUGGUAAGAUAUGGGUAAGAGUUCUCGCGGAUAUCCCUAUUACCGGGAAACCUACAGAAGUAAGAAUGGGAAGAGGAAAAGGAAAUCCUACGGGUUGGAUUGCUCGUGUGUCCACGGGACAAAUCCCAUUUGAAAUGGAUGGUGUGAGUUUGUCAAAUGCUCGACAAGCCGCUACAUUAGCGGCGCAUAAACCAUGUUCGUCAACCAAGUUUGUUCAGUGGUCGUAACGUAAUUGGUUAGUGGGGAAAAACCGGGCCGGGAUUCACUCAGACGGAGAAUCGAGCUCGCACGCGGGGGGGUUCAUAAAACCCGAUCCGAAUGAGCCCCAGCAGCCGCCCGUUCUACAAGCUCCGCGAAUAAUUAGGGUGACGGACCCGGACCCCGUGCCCGUGCGAGGGCAGCUUUCGGAUAAGAGCUGCUCCGAUUGCGGCAAGCUCUGCUGCAAAGGAAUUUCUACUUGCGGAUGUAAGGUUUGCGUUGAAAGCUUCUUUGAGGGCUCAUGCCCCUUUAGU